GAUUUCCUUGGCAGCUCUUGUCCUCUCCCUUUCCUCACAUCAUUGAUUUCCUGGUUCACAUCAAGCGCAACCACUGCUGCGAGAGGAGGGAAAAAGGUAUCACAUAGUCCUUUUCCAAUGCUCUGUUGUCACUGCGCAAGGAGCAGGACACGCAGCUGCUGCACACACACACAGCAUAAAUAGCAUAUAAAGACCAGCUUCCUCCCUCUCAUACUGCCUCGUAUCAUAUCUUUGGUCGUCAGGGGGUCUUCUUUGUUCUUUAAAACUUCUUCUCCAUCUUCUUGAAUCUUGCUGGUGUAGUUGUUGAGAGAUUGGGAGGCAGAGAGAGAGAGAGAGAGAGAGCUUGCAGCAAUGGGAUUGGGACGCACCUUGGAGUUCCUGUCUGAGAUGUUUGGGGGUGGUGAAGGCCAUGGCUACGACAGGAGGAGGAAGAGGAGGCAGAUGCGGACGGUGGAGCUCAAGGUCUCCAUGGACUGCGAGGGGUGCGAGCGCAAGGUCAAGAAUGCACUCUCCCACAUGAAAGGGGUGCGAUCAGUGGACAUCAACAGGAAGCAGCAGAAGGUGACGGUGGUAGGCUACGCGGAGGAGAGCAAGGUGCUGAAGAAGGCGCGGUCCACGGGCAAGAAGGCCGAGAUCUGGCCCUACGUGCCGUAUAGCCAAGUCAGCCAGCCCUACGUCGCCGGCACCUAUGACAAGCGGGCCCCGGCCGGCUACGUCAGGAGGGCCGAGCCCGGGUACAGCCAGGUCAGCAGGCAACAUGACCAGCUCACCGACAUGUUCAACGACGAGAAUGCAAACUCCUGCUCCGUCAUGUGAUGGAGAAAGCAUAUGGAUAGUAGGUUCCUCUGCAUCUGAAAGUGUUGACUGCACUGCAUGGUGAUGAUGUUUGCAAGUAGAGCUCAAGUAUUGAAGUAUGAAUGUCUGUUUGGGAUGCUGAUUUGCUGAUUAAGUCCACUAUUAGUAAUUCUACUACCAGCUCGCUGACAUGUUCAUCAACGAUAAGAGUGCGAACUCCUGCUCCGUCAUGUGAAA